AUGUCGCAAUCUAGUGAAAAAUCUAUUAAAAAGCAAAAAACAACAAAUCUUCAAAAUGUUUUAGUAAAUAAGGGUGGACGUCCAAAAUUUGCUGUUUGGGAAGAUUUUAUUGUUGGAGAUUAUGAUGGUAAAGCACAUUUGGCUUUACACUACAAGGGUGAGGUUCCUGAGAAUAUUAGACGUCAUUGGUUAAUUGAAGUGGCAAGACGAAGUGAGAAAGUAAAGAAUGAUGAUAGUGAUAUUGAAAAAUAUAUUCCACCUGGACGAGGUACUUUAUCGGAGCGAAUACUUGAUGAGGAAACUGCUCGUAUAACUGUACGAAUUGAAAAUUUACUUGACAAUGCAAAAAAUUUAACACUAG